AGUUGGUCAAUAAUGAGGUAAUCAUUUAAUUUAUGUACAAAAAAGCAAUCGCGAGAAAAAUUUCAUACCAUUCGUUCUUCAUCUUUAGCUCGCGGAAGGAAAAACCCUCAUCUCGAUUUCCGGAAACAUCCCAAUGGCUAAAAGAUUGGAAGUCCUCAACAUGGAUCUCACAUACAUGCAAGAGUCUCUUGCAUUCGGAUACCUGGUUGGUGAUUUUGAAGUGUCAUGGAAAAACUUGGUAUGGCCAUUGUCCAGCACCGUGUGGGUACAGCUUGGUAUCAUCGGAUUGUUAUUUUCGGGGCUACUUUUCGCGGCCCAUCAUUUCCGCAGGCGUGGAAUAAUUCGGGACAAUCUCAGUUUUCUCGACGGCUUCGCUAUCUUCCUUGGUAUUGCCGUAGCCUUGCCGCGAAAUUCUUUCGGAAGAUAUGUGUUCGGAAUGUGGAUUUUUCACUCGUACUUGACAGUCACCGCGUACAACAGCGGAUUGGUCAGUUUUCUGACAACUCCAUACGAGAAACGUAUAUUGAGGACCUUCAAGGAUUUACUCGACGGUGGCUUAGAGUUCGGCGGUGGAACGUUUCAUCGAGAGUUCUACAACGAUCCUUCGGACCCCGAUAUGAAAAGAAUUUACGACAGAUUCAAGGUUUUUCCAAUUAACCAGGCUUUGCGUCUCCCGACAAUUCACAAGAUUGCUACCGGAGUGCUCACCUCGACUGUGAGAGUGUACAAUACCGAUCACAGAGACAACGCCUCGAAUCAACUCCGUAUGCUGGAAGAAACAGCGUUCACCUUUCAUGUCCCGAUCUACAUGCGAAGAGGAUCACCUCUGACUCACGGGAUUCAUCGCUAUGCUUCCCACGCAAUCCAGAGCGGUUUCGUUGACUAUUGGAUGAGACAUUACUACCGCCCUGCCAGCACUUUUACGACUAAGACUCCUUCUGUACUGACUGUAAAUCAUAUAAGAGGCAUUUUAGUCCUUCAUUCUGCCGGGCUAGUUUUCAGCUCCAUAGUUUUUCUCGGUGAGAUUAUUUAUCACAAGCGAUCGGUUGGGCAACAUUGAAAUAUCUG